UUGAAAAUGUCAUUGAAUAAAGCACGUUUGGAUCUUUAUACUAAUAAACAUAAAAUAAAAUCAAAAACAAACCAAUCAUCCAAUGUAACAAAUCAAUGUAAUGAUUCGAAAAAUUCAUUGUUAUCAUCUGUAAAACAUAUAACCGGAAUCGGAAAUAAACCAAAUAUGAACACAACUUGUCCUGGAACAAAAAUUCAGAUUCAUAAUCCAAUUCAUUAUCCAUCAACUUCAGCAUCAUCGUUGACAAAUACUUUUGGCAAUAGUUAUCGUCCACAUCUAUCAACAUCGGGUUCAAAUAACUCGAGUUCAACUUAUAAUGGCGUCACAAAUAAACCUAGCCGUUUUGUACGACAUUCUGGACCUGGUCGUUCAAUUCGAACUCAAUCAUUGUUGUCUGCAGCAAAAGUUUCCAAACCUUUGUUAGGUCCAUCAACAACAAAAUCAAUUGUAGGGAAAAUAUCAAAAACUAGUAGCUAUGAAAUAAAUGAAUCACCCGAUGAUAGUGAACAGUAUCAUAUGGAAAUGAUUUCUCGUAACACAUCGCCAACGCGGCCAUCAUCAUCAGGAAUUAAUAACACCGACGCAAAGAAUAAUGGUGACAGUAUCAUCAUGGAAAAAGACGACAACAGCAAUCCUGAUGAUGGAAGAGGCUCCGAUCAUAGCGAUGAACAAAAAGUUCAUCAAAGUCGAUGUUCUAUUUGUAGUAUUGAACGAAUCUUUGUGAAUCGACCUAAAAAAUGUAUUUUUGGCAUUCAAAAAUGUCAUCAAGCA